AUGGUUAGCCCCAAAACCCCAUUGGUACAAACUGAAUUUGAUGGGUUUGUCCAAAAUGUAUGCCAAGCUGGUGGUGAAAUCAUCCAUGACCACUUGGGGAAAACUGUGCCAGGUUACACGGGCAACCUAAAGAACCAUACUGUCACCCAAGCGAAGGUAAUGGCUCUCCUAUGGGGUUUGAGAUUUGCCACAUCCAUUGGCAUUAAACAACUGGAAAUUGAAGGUGACUCACAGAUCAUUAUGGAAAUGGUGAGUGGUAGAUAUACUGCUGGGUGGAAAGUGGAUUCCAUUUUGAGGGAUUUCAUGAUGCUUCUAGCUAACCUUGAUGGCUUCACCAUCCAACAUAUCUUUAAAGAAGGGAAUGCGGCUACAGAUUCAAUGGUGGUGGUGGGAAUGCUAUAG